AUGGAUAGCAGGGUCCCUAGUGCAACCAGCAAUGGAAAGACAAUACCAACUUAUUCAGUUGUGGAAAAGGAGAAAGAGAAGGAAGAAGAGGAAGGCACACUAGAGCGGGAUCACUGGAACAACAAAGUGGAAUACGUGCUGUCUGUAGCUGGGGAAAUCAUUGGGCUGGGCAAUGUCUGGAGGUUCCCCUAUCUCUGCUACAAGAAUGGGGGAGGUGCCUUUUUCAUACCCUACCUCAUCUUCCUCUUCACCUGUGGCAUUCCUGUUUUCCUCCUGGAGACAGCACUGGGUCAGUAUACCAGCAGGGGGGGUGUCACAGCCUGGAGAAAGAUCUGCCCCAUCUUUGAGGGCAUUGGUUAUGCAUCCCAGGUGAUUGUCAUCCUCCUUAACUUCUACUACAUCAUUGUUCUGGCCUGGGCCUUCUUCUACCUCUUCAGCUCCUUUACCAUCGACCUUCCCUGGGGCAGCUGUGACCACGAGUGGAACACAGAGCACUGUAUGGAGUUCCAGAGGACCAAUGGCUCCUUGAAUGUGACAGCUGAGAAUGCCACCUCUCCUGUCAUUGAGUUUUGGGAGAGGCGGGUCCUGAAAAUCUCUGAAGGGAUCCAGCACCUGGGGAGCCUGCGGUGGGAGCUGGCCCUGUGCCUCCUGCUCGCCUGGAUUAUCUGCUACUUCUGCAUUUGGAAAGGAGUCAAGUCCACAGGCAAAGUAGUAUACUUCACAGCCACGUUUCCAUACCUCAUGCUGGUGGUCCUGUUAAUCCGAGGGGUGACUCUGCCCGGUGCUGCCCAGGGCAUUCAGUUCUACCUGUACCCGAAUCUCACCCGUCUAUGGGAUCCCCAGGUGUGGAUGGAUGCAGGCACCCAGAUCUUCUUCUCUUAUGCCAUCUGUCUGGGGUGUCUGACAGCCUUGGGCAGCUACAACAAAUACCACAACAAUUGCUACAGGGACUGCAUCUCACUCUGCUUCCUGAACAGUGGCACCAGCUUUGUGGCUGGUUUUGCUAUCUUCUCCAUUCUGGGCUUCAUGUCUCAGGAGCAGGGGGUGCCCAUAUCUGAGGUGGCCGAGUCAGGCCCUGGAUUGGCAUUCAUCGCAUACCCCAGGGCUGUGGUGAUGCUGCCCUUCUCUCCUCUUUGGGCAUGUUGUUUCUUCCUCAUGGUUGUGCUGCUUGGGCUGGAUAGCCAGUUUGUGUGUGUGGAGAGCCUGGUGACAGCCUUGGUGGACAUGUACCCCAACAAACUUCGAAAGAAGAACCGCCGGGAAACCCUUAUCCUGGUGAUUUCUGUCCUGUCCUACCUCAUCGGGCUGAUCAUGCUCACUGAGGGUGGAAUGUACGUGUUUCAGCUGUUUGACUACUAUGCAGCCAGCGGCAUGUGCCUCUUAUUUGUAGCCAUCUUUGAGACACUCUGUGUGGCCUGGGUAUAUGGAGCUGAGAGAUUCUAUGAUAACAUUGAAGACAUGAUUGGCUAUCGACCAUGGCCUGUUAUCAAAUAUUGCUGGAUAUUCCUCACACCAGCUGUAUGCACAGCUACCUUCCUUUUCUCCCUGGCCAAGUAUACCCCACUGACCUACAACAAAAAGUACACUUACCCAUGGUGGGGAGAUGCUCUGGGCUGGCUCCUGGCACUGUCCUCCAUGAUCUGCAUACCAGCCUGGAGUGGUUACAAACUGACAACUCUCAAAGGCUCCCUGAGGGAGAGAGUUCGUCAGCUCAUAUGUCCAGAAGAGGACCUGCCCCAGCGACUGUGUACAGCACCCCCUACUCCCUCCACUACUCGGGCAGCACUUCUUAGGCUCACAGAACUGGAGUCCCACUGCUAGAGACCAACUGAGACUGUGACCUGGAAUGCACUGCUGGUUUUUCAAAGUCCUGUGUAUUCAGCCUCCUGCCUUGUCCUAGAUAGGGCCGCAGAGGGGAGCAGGCAAAAUUGCUGUACCCUUUUUGGAGGGAGGAGCUUUCUAACCACGCCCAAUCCCACUUCACCCCAGAAUCACAGCAAAAAAUACCCUGGGGGUGUCCUGCACCAUUUUUUUCUGGACUGGACCUUCUCCCCUGUUCAUGCCUGGUGGGAGAGGAAAGAACUGAGUGCAAAUUAAGACUUCAGCUACUUAAGGGAGGAGAACCUUUUUUUGGGGGGGGGGGAGUGGGACAGAAUGGAUAGAGAGAUUUUACCAAAAAAAGGCCCCUCUCCCUUCAUUCCAUUAAAUCCACAUUCUUUGCACUGGUCUACCUACAAAAGCUCAGCCUUGUCUCUGUUUCUUCGUCCCUCCAUGCAUUUCCUUGCUUUCCUUGCUUCAUGAUGCUGUCUUUCCUCCCUCCUCCCCACCCCCCACUCCAUGAAACUUGUAGGAAUAGGGAGCAGCUAUGCAGGGUUUAUGAGGUCUAGCAGUCCCUGUGACCUUCACCACAAAACAAGAGUUGAGUGGUUCUGCUAUCUCUGCUUUAUGCAUUAACAUUGUUGUAUCUAUCCUGAAAUUUCAGAGUCCUUCCCUUUCUUUGAUUCUCCUCUUUUUGCUUAACAGCUACAAAAAUCCUGGGGACACAAAGAAUUACUAGACAAAAGAUAUGGCCUGUGUCCUUGAGGGAUUUUUAAUCUAGUUGGGGAGCAAGAGGUUAAGAGAAUCCUGUAUUCUCCAUAAUCCACACACUGAAGCAUCUGUCCUAGGACCAUUAAGAGUUGGCUGUAGGGGCACCUAGGUGGCGCAGUGCACUAAACCCCAUUUCCACCUACCAAAACCAAAUGAAACAUGUUACAUCAUAGCAAAGCUUAGGAUAUUUAAUUCAAACAGAAUCCGAAGUAAAUAACAAGAAAUUAAAUCAUAUCCCAUAUAUCCCAGCAGCGUGAAAUCAACGUGGCAGAGGGGAGAAAGCUCUGGAGACCUGGGUUCCUGACUCAGCCACUACUGCCUUCCUUCUCUAGCUCCUCUCAUCCCCAUCUCCCUACCUCAGUUCUCCUUCAUAGAGUCUUUAAGAGAGAGAUAUAUAGAGUUUAUGAGGUUUUACAGUCCCCAUGAUUAGAUUAGGUGGAUGGAUGGAUGGAUGGAUGGAAGGACACAAGUUGGAAUGUUUCAUCACCAAAUAAAUUCU